CGCUCCCGCUCCCGUGUGUGCUCUCCUGCAGGGCAGGCGCACGGUGGACACCUGCGACACCCGGGCGUCAGGUGGGCAGCGGGGUCUGCGGCGCAGCUGGGCCCGGGGGUCCAAGCCCGGCUUCAGGCUUUUCCUUGUCCUCCAACACAGAGGGAUGGAUGCGUGAAGCCCACCUGGCUGUGGCACCGCCCAGCAGUCGUCAUCUCCCUAAGACCCCCUGGUGACUGUAGGAUGCACCUCUCUGCGGUGCUCAAUGCCCUCCUGGUGUCCGUGCUGGCUGCCGUCCUGUGGAAGCAUGUGCGCCUGCGCGAGCACGCAGCCGCCCUAGAGGAAGAGCUGGCCCUUGGGCAGCAGUCCCUGGACCCGGUCUCAGGAAUGAGGGUUGACUACCCAAAGGCCCUGCAGAUCCUCAUGGAGGGUGGUACCCAGAUGGUGUGCACAGGCCGCACCCACACGGAUCGCAUCUGUCGCUUCAAGUGGCUCUGCUACUCCAAUGAGAUCGAAGAGUUCAUCUUUUUCCAUGGCAACUCAUCUAUGAUGCUGCCCAAUUUGGGCACCCGGCGCUUCCAGCCCGCGCUCUUGGACCUGUCCACCGUGGAGGACCAUAACGCCCAGUACUUCAACUUUGUGGAGCUGCCUGCGGGAGCCCUGCGCUUCUUGCCAAAGCCAGUGUUUGUGCCCGAUGUGGCCCUCAUCACCAACCGCUUCAACCCCGAUAACCUCAUGCACGUCUUCCAUGACGACCUGCUCCCCCUCUUCUAUACGCUGAGGCAGUUCCCCGGCCUGGCCCAAGAAGCCCGGCUCUUCUUCAUGGAGGGCUGGGGCGAGGGCGCCCACUUUGACCUGUACAAACUCCUUAGCCCCAAGCAGCCGCUGCUACGCUCGCAGCUCAAGUCGCUGGGCCGUUUGCUCUGCUUCUCCCACGCUUUUGUGGGCCUGUCCAAGGUCACCACCUGGUACCAGUAUGGCUUUGUCCAGCCCCAAGGCCCAAAGGCUAACAUCCUCGUCUCUGGCCACGAGAUCCGGCAGUUCACGCGGUUCAUGACCGAAAAGCUGAACGUGAGCCACACGGGGGCGCCGCUGGGCGAGGAAUACAUUCUGGUCUUCAGUCGCACCCAGAACAGACUCAUCCUGAACGAGGCGGAGCUGUUGCUGGAGCUAGCACAAGAGUUCCAGAUGAAGACGGUGACGGUGUCGCUGGAGGACCACAGCUUUGCAGACGUGGUGCGGCUGGUCAGCAACGCCUCCAUGCUGGUCAGCAUGCACGGCGCCCAGCUGGUCACGGCCCUCUUCCUGCCCCGUGGGUCCACCGUGGUUGAGCUCUUCCCCUAUGCGGUCAAUCCUGACCACUACACCCCCUACAAGACGCUGGCCACCCUGCCUGGCAUGGACCUGCAGUAUGUAGCCUGGAGAAACAUGAUACGGGAGAAUACAGUCACGCACCCCGAGCGGCCCUGGGACCAAGGGGGCAUCACCCACCUGGACCGGGCUGAGCAGGCCCGCAUCCUCCAGAGCCGAGAGGUCCCCCGGCAUCUCUGUUGCCGGAACCCAGAGUGGCUCUUCCGAAUCUACCAGGACACCAGAGUGGACAUCCCGUCCCUCAUGCAAUCCAUUCAGCGUGUGGUGAAGGGCCGGCCGGGACCGCGGAGGCAGAAGUGGGCAUUCAGCCUGUACCCAGGCAAGGUGCAGGAGGCUCGAUGCCAGGCGUCUGUGCAGGGCGCCACCGAGGCCCACCUGUCUGUGUCCUGGCAGAUGCCCUGGAACCUCAGGUUCCUUAAAGUGAAGGAGGUGAGGUAUGAGGUGUGGCUGCAGGAGCAAGGUGAGAACACUUACACGCCCUACAUGCUGACCCUGCAGAACCACACCUUCACAGAGAACAUCAAACCGUUCACCACCUACCUGGUGUGGGUCCGCUGCAUCUUUAACAGGAGCCUCCUGGGACCUUUCGCAGAUGUACUGGUGUGCAACACGUAG